CACAGAGGCCGCCUUGGGCGUCAAACUGGAUGAGCAACUGGAUGACCAGCAAUAUCGUGCGAGUUUCAAAAUGAUCGAAGAAGCAUUCAUCGCACGAAUCAGAAAUCCAUUCUAUAUGAUCGAUACCAUAUAUAACGUAUUCAUGGCGCCGAAAAUGGAAAAACAUUUGAAAACUGUACAUGGAUUCUCCAGCAAUAUUAUUCAUAAGCGGCGUCAGCUAUUUGCGGCAGAGUUGGAACAUAAUGCGACAAAGGAAGCAAAUGAAAUGGACAAUAGUUUUGGCAAAAAGAAACGCUACGCCAUGUUGGAUACACUCUUGCACGCCGAGCGCAAUGGACUAAUCGAUCAUGCAGGCAUCUGUGAGGAGGUGGACACAUUUAUGUUUGAGGGAUUCGACACCACAUCGAUGGCGCUAAUAUUUACACUAAUGAAUCUAUCGCUGUUUCCAGAAAUGCAGGAGCAAUGCUAUCAAGAAAUACUCGAAUAUGUCGAUGCUGAUCUUAGUAAUUUAGACGUCAAUCAAUUGGGUAAACUCAAGUACCUGGAGUGUUUCGUGAAGGAGACUCUACGCCUGUAUCCCUCCGUGCCUGGUAUAAUGCGAAAGGCGGUACGCGACACAUAUCUCGCCAAUAAUGUUUUUCUACCCGCGGACACACAAAUCUCCAUACAUAUUUUCGAUAUACAUCGC